UUAAUGAGUGCGUAACCACAGCAAUAAAUAAUAUUUGGUGCUUGUAAGGUUAAGGAUGGUCUAUAUAUAGGUGAUGAAUAUGCAGCAAAAGUAAUAUACAUUUAUUUAACAAUCAAGGACAUAGAAUUUAUAGUGGCAAAUAAAAUUGGCUAUAUAGUUAAUUGUUCCUCUGAUUCUAUUGAAAAUCUCUUAGAAAACAUAGGAAUCAUGUAUUUCUCAUUUUAAUGGCCAGAAGAUUAACCAGAAGUAAUAAAUUUGUAUUUUAAUCAAGAUAGUUGUAUCUAAAGACUUUGUAAAUAAUGUUUACGAGUUUAUAGAGGAAAGUGUUACUUUAGGCUAAAGUUGUUUAAUAACAUCUUUACAUGGUUAAAGCAGAGCUUGCUCUUUAGUUACUAUUUAUCUAAUGAAUAAGUAUGAUUGUUAAUUUAUUAACUUAAGAUUCAAAUGGUCACUUUAUAAGACACUAGAAUAUUUGAACUCAAGGAGAAGUGAUUUAGAAAUUAAAACAUCAUUUUUCACUGUUCUGAAUCAAAUGGAGAAAUUGCUUAAUCCAGAAACUCUCUCAAAAAAAUGGGAAAUGUUUAAUUCAUAAUUUAUAAUAUUUUAGAUAACAUAAUACGAAUUAGGAUGAAAUUCUAAUCACUAAUACAUUUUUUAAUGCUCAAUCAUAAUAGAUCGAUUAGAUUUAUAUUCAACCAACUGAGUUCUAAAAAAUGAAUAAUAAAUCUUAUAUUUCUUUAAUAGGUUGGACUGAGUAACAUGUUUAAUAAAAACAUAACCCUCUCAAUUAAUUUAAAUCAAUUCUUAAAGUAUUAUAAAACAUUUAAUUUAGGGAUCAAAUGCAGUUUUUACUAAAGAUGGUGGAAAUAGAAAAUUCGCACUUAAAUCCUUUUCAGUUAAUAAAGAAAAUAUACCUGAAAGUGUACCUUAAAGAAAAAACACUCCAUCUUAAAGGUCUACAUAAAGAAGCACUAGUAAUCCAAAAUAAAUAUAGCAACCAUUAAUUCCUUAAUCAUUUAUAAAUUAAUCUCAAGUUUCUACCCAAAAUCUUUAAAAUUAAACAAUCAAUUAAAAUUAAAAGCUUCCUAUAAAAACUAUUCAGACACUCCCUCCUUCAGGAUAAAAUUCAAAAAAAUCUUUAAUUAUUUAAAAAGAAAAUAAUUAACAUAAAAAAAAUAGUGGCAAUUAAGUAGUCUAUCCAGUGAAGAUUUUAAGACCAAAAAUGCCUAAUUUUGAUAAUAUUUGA